AUGGACUUAGCUGGUUCUGAGAGAGUUUCUCUGACGAAAGCUGCUGGUGAGCGUCUUAAAGAGGGGGCUAACAUAAACAAAUCUUUGUCAGUAUUAGGAAAUCAUGUGGCAGACCAGGUUGAUAAGAGGUACUUGAUUAGAUGCAGUUAUAUUGAAAUCUACAAUGAAAAGAUCAAUGACCUCCUGGAUAAGAGCAAUCAGGGUUUAACUAUAAGAGAAGAUAUCAAAGGAAAUGUGCUGCUUGAUGCAAGGAACCUGUCGUAG